AUGACGGAGCAACAGCGGCCGCUAUUCGACAAGAGGAACUCUUCGACCUCGUCCGUCCUCAGCGGGGGUAAUGGAAAUGACAAUUCCAAUACCACCACCGACCGAGACACGUCCUCAAACGACGAGCAGGCCCAGGCCACCCACCAGCCCUCUCGGCAGCACCACCCCAAGAAGCACCAAUUCGUCGUCGGCGGCGCACACUCUCGCCAUCACACCCGCGUCCCGUCCUACGGGCGCAAUUUAAACAAGCUGGGGAAAUUGGCCCCGAUUGCGACAUCUCCGGGCAGCGGUAAGGCGCGUGGGGAGGAGAAGGGCAGGUCCUCGGCGAAGCGGGCGACGUUCGAGCUCGGCGGAGACAACCGCCAGAACAGCAACGGAAACAGCAGACCAAGCAGCUACAAGGAAGAAGGAGGGUACACAAACGGAAACGCAACGAACACGAGCAACGGGACGCCGCCGCCGCUCACCACUGUUGCUACCAACAAGGGUACAAACGGCUUGGUCAAGUCAUCAAGCACAAAGUCUCUUGACCGUAAACCAAGAGACGGCGCACGAAGACUAAAACGAGAAGAGAAGCGCGAGAGAUCACAAUCCAAAUCCCGCGACACUACCGAAGCGCAGCCACAGACACAGACACAAUUUCAGCUCCCUACCCCACCGCAGGCAAAGGUUCAACCACCACCGCCGCAACACCAGAAUCAGCACUUUCAAUCUCAGCAUCCAUCGCAUGCCCCAACGCAUGCCCCGACGCAUCUGCUCCAGCAUACAAAGGCUGGUGGGGCCGCACCUCCCAAGGUCAGCGUUGAGUCCGUGCAGGGCACCCAGCCAACCGUGUCGACCAAGAUCCGGCGCACAACCGCGCAGCAGAACGGAGCCUAUGUAACCCCUGCGCAUUCCCUUCCAGACUCGCAUGAGCAACCCCUGACAUCGCGAUUCAUCGAUUCCUCGCUGGGAAACUCAAAUUCGAUAUCGCCCUCAUCUGCAGCAAAGGCAUACGGGCUGUCGCCGGCGUAUCGGGAAAGCCUGCCCACAAUAGUGUCAACCCCGCCUGACAAGGCGCCGGUUACACCUAAGAUCACAUCGCCCAAUCCCGCAUCGGCAACCGCAACUGUACCCUCGCGCACGCAGCAGAAGCUAUGGCUUCAACGACAAUCAUCGCAGCACGAGGCCCCUCAACAUGUUCAGAACCAAAACAGGAUGGGACCUGGGUCGGAGUGGUAUGCGCUGCAACCACGGGCCCAGAAGGAGUUUGAGCGCGUAAACAGAGAGUACCUGAACACGCGGCGUUUCAAGAAUCCCGCCGCACAGAGCAUUGAAAGGAUUCGGGAUAAGCAUGCCGACCGGCGGAUCCCGAAGCGCAAGGAGGGGCAGUGCGCGGAGGGAGCGGGGGCAAUGGGAUUGAGCCAGUCGCUGAAGGAGACGGGGGCAACCAAGUCGGCACGGAAGGAGCUGAAGAUGGGCUCAAAGGACGACUCGGGGGUGAAGCAGACGGCGACAACGAACGGGAAAGAACGGGAUAGGGCAGAAGGGUUGCACGCAAUAUUGGUGAAGCUGUGGAACACAAAAGAGAUGAUUCCCUCCAAUGAAUAG